UGGUGCUCAUGAAUCUGAGAUCUGAGGCGUACACCUUUGCCAGACGCAGGCGGCUUGUAAAACGAGCGCGCUCGAUCAUUCAUAAAGGCGUGUAUAUUGUUAUGUAGUUCCUCCCUACAUCUGUUCGUUUCCUGGAUGUGAAAAGGGGUUGAACCAGGAGUGGAACAUGGCGAGAAUGGUAAACGAAAACGGGUGUGGACAAGAGUUACAGAGCACAGAACUAAAUGGACCCGGUCGAGGUACAGCGCGGUGGGGUCCCCAACACGCAGGUGCUCUGGAACUUGCGAAUUUGUAUUCGCCAGGAAAAAGAUGUCAGGAAUGGAUAAGUGUUGUCCUCUGCUUCUCUCUCAUGGCCUUCAACUUUUGUCACCUCCUCGUUAACUUCCACCUGGGGCAUAUGUGGUACAUCCUGUUGGGCAUUGUGGCAGGAAUAUUGACUGCAGACUUUGCCUCUGGUCUAGUCCACUGGGGGGCUGACACCUGGGGAUCUGUGGAGCUACCCAUCGUUGGAAAGGCCUUUAUCCGACCAUUCAGGGAGCAUCACAUUGACCCUACAGCCAUCACCCGCCAUGACUUCAUUGAGACAAAUGGUGACAACUGCAUGCUGACCCUGAUCCCAUUAGCACACAUGGCUUUCAACUUCCUCACCCUCUCGCCUGCGGAGCACUAUCACAACUACCCCUGGCACUGCUAUGUGAUGGCACUAGCCAUUUUCGUUACCCUAACCAACCAGAUUCAUAAGUGGUCGCACACAUACUUCGGGCUGCCAGGCUGGGUGGUCUUUCUACAGAACUGCCACAUCAUCCUGCCCCGCAAGCACCAUCGCAUCCAUCACGUUUCCCCCCACGAGACAUACUUCUGCAUCACCACAGGCUGGCUGAACUAUCCCCUGGAGAAGUUGGGGUUCUGGUCUAGGCUUGAGGAUCUGAUCCAGAGUGUGACUGGGGAGAAGCCCAGGUCUGACGAUCUGAAAUGGGCCCACAAAACCAAGUAACCAUGCAGACUGGCUGCAUCGCUACCUCAGGAGUAUUCCGUCUCUUUCUCGCCUAACUCCAGCUGUAACCGAUAGGAGACACCAACAUAAGGAUCUGGUUUCAGAGAUGCCAUAUAGCUUUAAACCUUGCACAUUUUGUCUGGUUAUAACCGUGGAGCGUUUUGUCAAGGGCCCAGGGGUGUUUUCUUAACCCACUGUGGAAAUCUGAGUGGGAAGUGCUUUUGAAAUAACAUUUUGAAAGCACUAAUACAUUGCAAUACUUUCUCAACUCUUCAUCUAGCUCUUUAUUUCUGAUCGUGUAUGUCUAACUUGACUCAACCUUUCUUGAGGUGUAACACUAAAGCCAUUGUCCCCAAAGGGACAGUCAAAUAUUUUUUUCAUCCACUUUACAGACUGAAAAUGCUAAAAAAAAUAAUACCUUUCAAUGAAAACUCAAAAUAUCCCAACCAGAAAUACUUGAAGGGAACAGUUUGCUUUUUUGCAGCACUUCGUGUUUGUUAUUCGUCACUGUUUAAAAAAAAAAAAAGUCUGGUCAUCUCUCACUGGGUAGCAUGGACACAGUAUUUUGUGUCCUUCAGCUGUGAAGGACUGCCUAUUACCUUAAUUUGCUAUUCACAGUUGAUGCCGGUUAACACUAACUCGCCUACCUAAGAUAUUUUUGCUUAACCUUCUAGUGCAGUGCUGGCUUACAUUUUGUCUACAUCCAAUCGACGUAACUGCUAUGUUCGUCCAGACUUCUCAAACAGCCUUAACAAUCACAGAUGCAGUGAUCUCUUGCCUUUCACUUCUCUAUUGCAGAACCUAUUAUGUAAUGCUUCUGUUCUUUUCAACCAGUGGUUUUCUGUCUUAAAUUUGCAAGUAUCCAUACAGUCAUUCUCAAGUAAUUUGCUAAUCUUUUUUUACACACCACACCCUUUUUUUAAAUCCCAGAAGCAUGGAAGUGGUAAAACACAACAUUACCCUUCAGUGAUAUUGCAAGUGCAGUAGAAGAGUAAUCAAAAGUGAUGAAUCAUCAUAAUUAGCAAAAUACCUGAAAUGAAAGUGCUUUGUGUGUAUGCUCUAGUAAUCAUGUUUGUAAAUGAACUGUGCAGCAGAUACCUAUGCAGUCUGACUGGUGGUGAACCUGAACCUUGUCUUAACUACCUUAACCUAAAAAAUGGCCUGGUUGGCUAGAAAUGCUAUUUAUGUUCUUAAAUUCCCUUAACAUAGAAUUCUUUCAUUAUAAAAGGCACUAUUACCUCUCUCUGCAUGUGAUAUUUAUUGUGAUUGUCACAGACCGAACCGUUGACGUACAAAAUUAACGACUGAGGUAAUCGUGUGUGGGAGUUUUCAUAAUGAAUUGAACUCUGGGGCUUUUAUUUCCAGCACAAAAACCAGUGACAGUGUGGUGGUGUGCAUGUUAUUCUCCCAUAUAUAAAUGAUUUCCCGAUUUUAUUUGAAAAUAGUUCAGCUUGGGAAGAAUAAAGGCUGUACACAAGA